AUGGGACACAAAAUUAAUAUAAUAAUAUUUAUUAAAAUUGCUGAGUUUAUCAUUCUAGCAUGGAUAAGCAAUUUUAGUAAUUAUGUGUGUAUAUCUGGCAAAUCUUUGGACGGAAACUGUAAGUAUGAUAGAAAAAUAGAUAUAAAACGUUAUAUAUUAUUAGAAAAAUAUAAACAUAACAAAGAUUCAAAUAAUAUACUUUUAAAAGAAAGAUUCCCAAAUAUUGAAAUUGACAAACAUAAAGACUUAUCUCAUGAUGAAAAAGUAACGAAAAGAAAAAAUAAACAAUCAAAAAAAAGUUUAUUAAAUAAAUCGCAGUACUAUACAGAAAUAAUAGAUUAUAAUAAUGGAAUUUUUGAUGGAAAACACUUCCAUUUUGAAAAAAAAUGGAUUAAAAAAGAAAAUUAUGAUGAUUUUCUUGAUAAGAAGAGGAGAAUUUGUGAUAUAUUAUUAAAAAAAAUAAAAUUCAGGAGUUACGGAUUGGCAGCUUUUAUAUUUUUUCUUUUUAUGUUGAUCGGAAUAGGAUUGCCAAUAUUACGUGGAUUAGGGUAUAUGGAAGGAAAAAUAAAUAUUCCUUUUAGUUCACAAGAAUUGCUUGAUACUGUGAAAUCUAUUGUAGACACUCUUUGUCCAGAAAAAUAUUCUUAUCUAAUAAUGUUCUCACUAAUUAUCUUUAUAUUAUCUGUCAUAAUUAUAAUAGCUCUUCCUAAGAUCUUAAGAUAUAAUGAAAAAUACAAGAAAAUUAAGUUGAUGAGAGAGUAA